GCGUCAAACCAGUCCCGCAUUUCCACAGAUCUAUAAUAUAAUAUUUAUUCCAUUUUAUUUAUCUUAAAACACUUGCAUUGAAUACAAAGUCAUCCGCUUUCCCCAUCUUUGCUUCUCCGUUGUUCCUGCUUCCUUCAAUCGAUAAUUUGAUUCCACAAAUGGGUGAAAUUGAUAUAGAUGAUGACUGGGAGUUCACUUCACCAUCAAAUGAAGUUCGUACAGUAGUUUUGGUUGGACGAACAGGCAAUGGGAAAAGUGCAACUGGCAAUAGCAUUCUUCAAAAGAAAGCAUUCAAGUCUAUGUCUAGCUCUGCUGGUGUUACUAGUACUUGUGAGCUGCAGACAACUGUGUUGGAAGAUGGCAAGAUACUGAAUGUUAUCGAUACUCCAGGAUUGUUUGAUUUUUCUGCUGAACCAGAAUUUAUUGGGAAAGAAAUUGUUAAAUGCAUAAAUAUGGCAAAGGAUGGUAUCCAUGCUGUUCUUGUAGUUCUGUCUGUCAGAUCUCGAUUUUCAAGAGAAGAAGAAGCUGCUGUUCAGAGCUUGCGGAAAUUCUUUGGUAGCAAAAUUAGUGACUAUAUGAUAGUAGUUUUCACUGGUGGAGAUGACCUGGAAGAAAAUGAUGAAACAUUGGAGGAUUACUUGGGUCGUGCCUGCCCAGAGCCUUUGAAGGACACACUCCAAAUGUGCGGAAAUAGAUAUGUCCUCUUUAAUAACAAGACGAAGGAUAACUACCAGAAAUCUGAACAGUUGAAGAUACUUCUUUCCCUUGUAAAUGAAGUUGUAGAUAAAAAUGGUGGAAAACCAUACACAGAUAAGCUAUUUGUUGAAUUGAAGAAGGGAGCCAUGAAACUGCGUGAUCAAACUGCAGAAGUUAAUUCGAUGGAGGGCUACUCAAAGCAGGAGAUAUCAGUAUUCAAGGAGCAGUUUAAUAAAUCGUAUGAAGAGCACCUUAGGAGAAUAACCGAGAUGGUUGAGUCGAAGCUAAAAGAGACCACUCAAAGGCUUGAACAGCAAUUGGCCGAAGAGCAAGCUGCUCGGUUGAAGGCAGAAGCAAAUGCGCAGGCUGCUCAGGUGAAAUCUGAUGAUGAAAUACGUAAGCUGAGAGAACAUUUAGAGCAAGCUCAGAGGGAGACUGAGGAGCUGCGAAAGCAAGCCGUCGGUGGCAAAUGUUCUAUUUUGUGAUGAUGAUGAUAAUGUAUAUAUUUGGAGAGAACUACAUCUGGACUUACAAAACUUGAAGUGUGUAUCCCCAGCUCUCCUUUUACUUUCAUUCUGUUGCUGCGAAGGAUGCUAUUGUUUUAUGAGUUUUUCGUAAAGUUCCUAUUCGAUAUUUAUUUGUUUGUGAUGGUGGUUAUCCUGUAUAUUUGGCUUAUUUGUGAAUGUCUUUCAGUUUGGUGAA